AGCAUGCACGGAGGAUGCUCGCGUCUUGCUCGGGCAGGAAGGGGCCGGAGGGCAGAUACCCGCUGCAUUACCUCGUCUGGCACAACCGAGCCCGGGAACUGGACCGAGAGCUCAGCGCCAAGCAGGCCGACAUCGAGCAGCUGGACCCCCGAGGACGCACCCCGCUGCACCUGGCCACCACGCUGGGCCACCUGGAGUGCGCCCGGGUGCUGCUGAAGCAUGGAGCUGAUGUGGGCAAAGAGAACCGCAGCGGCUGGACAGUGCUACAGGAGGCCGUGAGCACCCGUGACCUCGAGUUGGUGCAGCUGGUCCUGCGCUACCGUGACUACCAGAGAGCCAUCAAGCGCCUGGCCGGGAUCCCCAUCCUGCUGGAGAAGCUGCGCAAGGCCCAGGACUUUUAUGUGGAGAUGAAGUGGGAGUUCACCAGCUGGGUGCCACUGGUGUCCAAGAUCUGCCCCAGUGACACGUACAAGGUGUGGAAGAGCGGCCAGAACUUGCGGGUGGACACCACGCUGCUGGGCUUUGACCAUAUGACCUGGCAGCGGGGCAACCGCAGCUUUGUCUUCAGGGGACAAGACACCAGCGCAGUGGUGAUGGAGAUUGACCAUGACCGGCGAGUGGUCUACUCAGAGACACUGGCCCUGGCCGGCCACGACCAGGAGGUGCUGCUGGCUGCUGUGCAGCCCACGGAGGAGCAGGUGAUGGGUCGGCUCACAGCCCCCGUCGUCACCACCCAGCUUGAUACCAAGAACAUCGCCUUUGAAAGGAACAAAUCUGGGAUUCUGGGUUGGAGAAGUGAGAAGACAGAGAUGGUGAAUGGGUAUGAGGCCAAGGUCUACGGCGCAUCCAACGUGGAGCUGAUCACACGGACGCGGACGGAGCAUCUCUCAGACCAGCACAAGGGCAAGAGCAAAGGUAGCGCGUGGGGCGGUGGUGGGCACAGGGCUGCAGUGCUCGGCCUCACGCCCCGUCUUGCAGGCAGUAAGACCCCACUACAGUCCUUCCUGGGCAUCGCUGAGCAGCACGUGGGGCCCAACAAUGGGACGCUGAUCACGCAGACGCUGAGCCACACCAACCCCACCGCCAUCACCCCUGAGGAGUACUUCAACCCCAACUUCGAGCUGGGCAACAGGGACAUGGGACGGCCCAUGGAGCUCACCACCAAGACGCAGAAGUUCAAGGCAAAGCUGUGGCUGUGCGAGGACCACCCGCUGUCCCUCUGUGAGCAGGUGGCCCCCAUCAUCGACCUGAUGGCCAUCAGCAACGCGCUCUUCGCCAAGCUGCGUGACUUCAUCACUCUGCGCCUCCCGCCCGGCUUCCCUGUCAAGAUUGAAAUCCCCAUCUUCCACAUCCUCAAUGCCCGCAUCACCUUUGGGAACCUCAAUGGGUGCGAUGAGCCCGUCAGCUCCCUGCGCAACAGCCCCAGCAGUGAGGCCCCCUCGCCCAGCAGCGAUUCCUCCAGUGUCAGCAGCUCCAGCUCCCUGACGUCCUGCCGGGCGUGUGAGAUGGACCCGGCACUCUUUGAGGUGCCACGGGGGUACAGCGUGGUGGGCACCCACCAGGAUGCUCUGCGGGAGGAUGAGGACGAUUUGCUGCAGUUUGCCAUCCAGCAGAGCCUGCUGGAAGCAGGCAGCGAGUACGACCAGGUCACCAUUUGGGAAGCACUGACCAACAGCAAGCCAGGCACCCACCCCAUGUCGCACGAGGGACGCCGGGGAGACAGGACUCCCCAGCACACGGCAGCCCCCAGACCCCCCUCCAGCCCGGCGCCGGGGGGCGGGGGGGGGGCCCAGCACGCUGUUUCCCAGCUACGCGGAGCAGCUGCGCCUGGCCAUGGCGCUGUCGGCGCGGGAACAGGAGGAGGCGGAGCGGCGGACGCGGCAGGAGGAAGAGGAGCUGCAGCGCAUCUUGCAGCUCUCCCUGAUGGAGAAGUGACCCCCCGACCCCACUGAGCCCCCCCUACACCGACUCGGGGCCUGGGGACGUGUGUAUGGGGCACAGAGGGGUGCGUGGGGGGACGGCCCGUGCAGAGGACA